GCAGCGCGUUUUGCGGGGGUCCUGCAGCGCGUUCCGCGUGGGUCCUACCCCGCGGGCGCACGCGACCCGGGCGCUCCCAGACCUCCCAGUCGCCAGCCUCAACCCCCGAAUCCAGCAGGCGGGGAAGGAGCCGCGGACCGAGACCCUCCGCGUCGGCCAUGGGCCCGCGCCGCCGGGGCCGCAAGGCCGUCACCCCAAGGAGGCGCCCCGCGAGCCCGGCCCCCGCCGCUCCGACCCCCGCCGCCCGGACCCCCGCCGCCCGGGCCCCCGCUACCCCGACCCCCGCCGCCCCGGCCCCCGCUACCCCUCGGCGGGGCACCCCCUCAGGCACUCCCUCCCGUCUACCUGGUCGCCCAUCUGGUCGCCCACCUGGUCGCCCAUCUGGCCGCCCAUCUGGUCGCCCACCUGGUCGCCGGAGACAUCUGAUUCUGAAGGAGAUCCGAAAUCUUCAGAAGAGCACACACCUGUUACUAAGGAAGAUGCCCUUCUGCCGCCUGGUAAGAGAAGUAUGUGUUAAAUUCACUCGCGGUGUGGACUUCAAUUGGCAAGCCCAUGCCCUGUUGGCCCUACAAGAGGCGGCAGAAGCGUUUCUCGUGCAUCUCUUUGAGGACGCCUACCUCCUCUCCCUGCAUGCCGGGCGUGUUACUCUCUUCCCGAAGGAUGUGCAGCUGGCCAGGAGGAUCCGAGGCAUCCAGGAAGGGCUGGGCUGAGGCGCCCGCGCCCCUGGAUGCUACCAGGGACUCUGGCUGGAGCCGGGACCGAUCCAUGGAGUCCGGGAUGCUGCCUGGAUUUGCCGUCUCUGAGCAGAGUGUGCAUGUUGGUUUUGUAAUUGUUGGGUUUUUU